UGGCCACAUCCUGGCAGGAGUCUCAACUCCACUAAUAGCUAAAGCAUGUUGGGGUUUGAAUGCUGGAUGCUUUGAAAUUGCCCUGUCCUGGCUGAAGUCCUUCUCAGAACGGCAGUAGUUGGUCGAGUAUGCCACAGGUUAUCUGGUUGGUAUGAAAAUCCAUGGACAAUCCCAAAUAUGUUGUCAAUGACAAGAAUUGGCUUGGCCCCAAUUUUGGGAUAUUUGAUUAUUGAAGAAGAUUUUAAUGUUGCACUAGGAGUUUUUGCUUUAGCUGGGCUAACCGAUUUGUUGGAUGGAUUUAUUGCUCGAAACUGGGCCAAUCAAAAGUCAGCUUUGGGAAGUGCUCUUGAUCCACUUGCUGAUAAAAUACUUAUCAGUAUCUUAUAUGUUAGCUUGACCUAUGCAGAUCUUAUUCCAGUUCCACUUACUUAUAUGAUAAUUUCAAGAGAUGUAAUGUUGAUUGCUGCUGUUUUUUAUGUCAGAUAUCGAACUCUACCAACACCACGAACACUAGCUAAGUAUUUCAAUCCUUGUUAUGCUACUGCUAGAUUAAAACCAACGUUCAUCAGCAAGGUAAACACAGCAGUUCAGUUAAUCUUGGUGGCAGCUUCUUUGGCAGCUCCAGUUUUCAAUUAUGGUGAUAGCAUUUACCUUCAGAUGCUUUGGUAUUUUACAGCUUUCACCACAGCUGCAUCAGCUUACAGUUAUUAUCAUUAUGGUCGGAAAACUGUUCAGGUGAUAAAAGGCAGAUGAGAGUCACCCAUCACCAUUAGCAAGGAAGCAAUACACAUCGUCUGUGGCAAUGCCAGCGAAAAUCUACAGGAGUUUCCCUAUUUUGGUGUUCAGCUUGUAAAAGGACUUGUCAGAACAAACCAUGUCAUCAAAAUUGAAGUAAUGUGCAUUGAAAAUAAGCUUGAUCAUGGGCAUAUGCAGAAUUUCCAAUGUAUUUUUAAGUAUAAAUAAAACUAUAAUUUAGAAUUUUUAAUCUUAGGUUUCUUGAAUAUAAAGAGAUGAAUUAUUCCAAUUAUUGUUAGUCCUUUUUUAUGUUUUUUAAAAAUAUAGUUCAGAGCAUGGAAACUGAAGUGUUGACACCUGUCUCUACAAUCUAAGUUGCUCAUGAAGCCAUAGGGACUUGCCUGGGAUUAAAUAUAUAUCUUAUAUAACUUGGCUAUUCAUUUUUAUGUUUGAUUUUUAGAUUCAUGUAUACAUUAACAGUUCAUGUGGUUAUUAUUUGGUCAUUUAGGGUAGUGAGAAUAAAGUUAGCUGUGAAUGAAGCAAAGUUGUAAAGAGAUAAGUGUGGCAAGUUUUAAAAAUAAAUAAGAUCAAACAAAAUAGAAGGUAUUGAAGCUCAUCUCAUGUUCAGGAGUCUUCCAGCCUCUCAGGUGCCUAAUAGUUCAUAUAUCAGGAUAACAAGUAACAAAGAUAGUUGAAAUAUGAGAACUUGUCCAUUAGUCUUUCAUCUAAAAGCAGUGAGUUACAUCAUGCCUUCCAACUGUGUUUCUAACAUUACAAUAUUUGUAUGAUAUUGGAACCUGUACUCAUAUAUUGUGUAAAUAAUAUGAAACUGUAUAUUUUUCAAAGAUUUUUUAAACUUUGGGAAAUCUUUUGUUAAGAUGUUAAAGUAAUAAAAGCUGGAAAAAAAAUAAAACUGUACCUUCAA